ACACUGCCUUAGAGCAUCCCUGUAGUAAGUGUUUUGUUUGGGGAGGGGGUCGCAGCAGUGAAUGGAUAUUAGUUGUGACCCAGGUCAGAACCAAAUGGUCCAUUUCUUUCUUUUCUCUGCUAUUUUAUCUUACAGCUUUGGUAAGGUAGAUCUCAGUUUUACUAUUGCACAGAAUUGGUGCUUCCAGCUUUUGAAGCCUCUUAAGGGAUACUUUGCAGGAUCUUUUGAUUAAUAGCAUACGAAAUCUGUAAGCAGUUUAGGUUAAGUUAAGUUUCUGGUUUGUUUGUUUUUUAAAUGAAGCAACUUUCCAAAGCCUGCUUAUGUUUAUAUGAGAAUGAAUUAAGCCUAACAUCUGAAGACAGGUCAAUAAUUUGUGACAUACCUUUCCUGGCCUAUAUUUGUCACCUAUUUUCAUACAUUUCCUUUAUAGAUAAAAGAAUUUCUCAAGUAAACCAGAUUUAGGAAGGGAAAACCUUGCUAAUUUUAAUAAAUGUUAAUAUGAAACCAAAAUUAGUUAUCAAGAACGCCAUUCAUGAACAUUUAUAGAAUAGUCAGAAGAAGUUAUCUUUCAUCCUCUUUUCAAUAGAAAGUAAGUACUAUAUUUCUUUGUCUCUUAGUGGACAACAUGGAUUAUUAUCAUUCUGCUUUCAGCAAAAGCGUGUACAGUAUACUUUGCUCUGAUUAUUCAGAAAAUAAAAUAUGUAACUAACUAGAAAGAUACCAAUUGCACCUUGCCCUUUGGAAGACCUUAACCCUCUAAGGAGAGGUGUCAAACUGCCAGCCCGCGGGCCGGUUUCAUCAUACCGAAGCCAAGCCCCCCCCCCCAUUGCCGGCACUGCAAAAAUAGUUGUGAUAUGUCGCGACACGUCAUGUGACGUGGUGAGUUUGACACCCGUGCUCUAAGGUAAGAUCUGCUCCCAGCUUCCUAUCCUUCUGCAAGAGUCUAAAGACCUGGAUCUGUCAGUUGGCCAGGGGACCAAACAGGGAGUUCCACGCUGGAGGUGGCUGCUAGAUUGAUGGCAGACUCCACCUCCCCACCCCAAAAAGUUCUAUUCCAUCUUUUUGGUUAUCACAUUGAUGUAUUUAUUUUUGUUGUGUUCCUUUGUCAUUGUUUAUUUUAUUCUAUUUUACUGCUGUUCUGUUUACACUCCUUUGAUUUUUCUUCCUUUUUAUUAUUGUAAGCUGCUUAAGUAGCCCUAUGGCGAGAUAAGCGGCAAAUAAAUUUAACAAAUAAAUAAAUGAGAUGAGAAUAUAAUAGAAUAGGUGAGAUCAUCCAACACCAUCAGAUGAGGCAUCAUCAGUACGUCGCUGAUACUCAACUUUAUAUCUCCUGGUGUGACACAAAUGUUGCUGUCAUUUCCAUUUCACGGUGUCUGGAGGCUAUGGGGGACAACAGACAUCAGUUAAACCCUGGCAAGACUGAGUGGCUAUGGGUAUGCAGAGCCCUGAGACCUAGGAGUUUAACAACUUUAGUUCUGGAUGGGGUCAUACUUCCCCAGACAGAUCCUGUGUGCAAAUUGUGGGUUCUUCUAGACCAGGGGUGUCAAACUGCCGGCCUUUGGGCUGGUUUCAUCAUACUGAAGCUAUGGCCACCCCGUUACCGGCAAUGGCAAAACGUUGCGCGACGUCAUGUGACAUUGCGAGUUUGACAUGUCUGUUCUAGGCUCACGACUCCUGCUCAAAGAGGAGAACCUUUACUCCACUUUGUGUUGCACCAUUUCUUGGAUUGUGAGUCCUUGCGCUCAGUCAUUCAUGCCAUGGUUAUCUUGUGCUUGAAGUACUGCAAUGUGUUCUAUAUGGGGUUACUCUUGAAGAAUAUUCAGAAGCUUCAGCUGGCACAAAAUUCAGCAGGGUUUUAGGUGGCCCAUGUAACAACUCUGUUGUGUAAACUGUACUGGUUGCCAGCUUGCUUCCGGAUCCAAUUCAAGCUGUUGGUUAUCAUCUUUAAAGCCCUUUAUGACAUAGGUCCAAGAUAUCUGAGGAACCAUCUCACUCCAGUGGGAUUGACCCACCCCACUUGAAAAAAGGGCCAUGCUUUGAAUCCCAUCAGCCAAGGAAUUGUGACUGGCGGGGUCUAGGAGGAGAACCUUUUCUGCCUUGGCUCCUGCCCUUUGGGGCAUUAUCCCCCCUAGAUGUAAGAUUGAUCCACUAAUAAUGUAGCUGAAAGGCAUGUCUUUGCCCUGUGGAACCAACAGUCAUGAUUUUGAUAUUAGGAAAGCAGCAGCAGAGGAAGAGAUGGCAAGUGGAAUCAUUAGGGCAAUAUAUGAAUAAAUCAAUUACAUACUUACCAUUAUUUUUUCAAUCUUUACCGUUGCCAUUUUUAUAAUUUUUGUACCAGUGCAUUGUUUUAUGCUAACAGAUAACAUUAUUCCUUGCGUAAACUGUGCUUCAAACAACCAUAGCUUCACUGCUCCAAGUGAAAUAAGAAUGGGAACAGAGUACAGAAGAGGAGAAGCUAUUUUGGUCCAAGAAAAGUGAUAUUAGGAGACGUGGUGGUGCAAUGGUUAGAAUGCAGUAUUGCAGGCUAACUCACUGCUCACUCCAGGAGUUCGAUCCUAAGUGGCUCAGGGUUGACUCAGCCUUCCAUCCUUCCGAGGUCGGUAAAAUGAGGGCCCAUAUUGUUGGGGGCAAUAAGCUGGCUCUGUAAACCGCUUAGAGAGGGAUGUAAAGCACUGUGAAAUGGUAUAUAAGUCUAACUGUUAUUGCUAUUGCUGUAUCUGAAGCCAGGGAAGUUAGGGACAAAGGGAGAACUUACAGUUCUCCAAUGCAAGAUACUAUGCCAUGAACUAUUGUUUAGAAAUGGCAAUGACUGAGUCAGAACAACAGGUCAAACAAUCCAUAGUAUGACUUGAUUCACACAAUAUCUUAAAUUACCCUGAGUGAUUAAUGCCAUCAUUUUCCUUUCAUCUUGCACACCUUAGCCAUUUUCAUUGAAUCUUUCAGUCUGCAUGAACCUGAAGCUGCCACCUUUAACUUCCCAUCAACUUCCAGGUUUCUUUAUCUAGCUAUUCCAGUUUUGUACAAUGUACUUAAACUUUGAAAAGUUUACUUAAGCUGAGCAAGACAAGGUUAAGAUGAUGGUGGUAUUGUCUAUGUUGACCCAUCCCAAGUUAUUACAUGUGUUGUGGGAAAUAUCAACCCAGUUGCUAAUAGCCAAGUGAAAUUUAUUGAGAGGACAGAAUGUUAUUAGUAAAGAUAAGAAUACCAAAGGUUGAUGUGUCAUUUUUUUACGUAUCACAGUCUUAAUUUUAAAAAAUAGUUAUAUUUUGCCUUUUCCAUCAAAAAGGCUCUAAGAAUUGUCAUGCAAAUUGCUUUGAACUAAGAUAUGAACAUGAAGUAAAACAAAUUGAAAAUAGAUGAACUAAUUGAAGAAUGGAGUGGAAUGAAAUGGGAAUAGAAUGGAAUAUAUUGGCAAAGUGUGAUUGGACACAUAAGGAAUUUGUCUCCAGUGCAUAAAUUGUCAGUGUACAUUCAAGCAACAAAAUGAUAAAGCAUAAAUCAUAAGAUAACAAUCAUAAAUCAUAAGAUACAAACAGUGAUAGUCAUAAGAUAUCAAUAGGAGUAGGUAAUAGGAAAGGUGAGAAGGAUAAUAGUAAUACAGCCAUACUACAUGAGUAAAUAUCCUUAGGUAUAAGACAGUGCUGUGGGAAUUAGGUGUUUAGUAGGGAAGGGGGAAAAUUGUCUUUGUAUCGACUUGUUUUUGCAUGCAUUGCCCUAUAGUCAAGUCUUGAGGGGAGAAAUUGAAAGAGUUUAUGUUCAGGAUGUGACAUUUUCUCAAUCGUCUUUCUGGCUUGUGCAAUGGAAGGCAGGUUGGUUGCAAUUGUUUUUUCCGCAGUCCUAACUACCCGUUCUGUUGUAGCAGUGGUAGAAUUUUUAAAAAUCAGCUAAACUAGUAAAUUUACAAUGUAUAUUCUAAUACAGGGGUGUCAAACUUCUGGCCCACCGGCCGGACGCAUCAUCGGGAAAUCAUGCCCACCCCAUUGCCGCAAUGGCGAAAAAGUUCCGAUACGUUGUGCGAUGUCACGUGACGUUGCGAGUUUGACAUGUCCUAAUAGUUUUUAAAGAUUUGAGAGAAUAUUACAGAUUUGAUUUAAUUUCUAAAGUAAUGCUGUAUGAACCAAAUAUUUUUCUCUGUUCACUAUAUUUCAUGGCAGGGGUGGCACUCCCAUGAAGAACUGAUCAGAAACAGGAAAGGAUCCUGGAGAAAUUUCGUAAGGAAGAAGAGGGCUUUCAGAUAGUUUAAAUGUCUUCAGAAGACAAAGAAUCUCAGGAGGACGAACUUCUUGCUUUGGCAAGUAUUUAUGAUGAAGAUGAAUUCAAGAGAGCACAAGAUGUACAAGGAGGAGAAACUCGAAUCUCCGUGGAUGUGCCUCAGAAUUUCAGAGUAUCUCUGAGUGGCAAAUUCACGGAGACUCUUCAAAACAGCAAGCUUGAAUAUGCAGUAAGCUUUCUGCCUCCAGUAGUGCUGAAUUUUGAAUUCCCAGCAGACUAUCCUUCAACUUCCCCACCUCUGUUCACUCUCAAUUGCAAGUGGCUGUCUCAGGCUCAGCUGACUGCUCUUUGCAGGAACCUAGAUAACUUAUGGGAAGAAAACAGAGGUUCUGUAGUCCUGUUUGCCUGGAUGCAAUUUCUCAAAGAAGAGACACUGGCCUAUCUGAAUAUCACUUCCCCUUUUGAACCAGAGAUAACCAAACAAGAAAAACAGCCAAAGGAAGAGGGUGCUAGCUAUGACAUCCAGGAUGCUGCAUCAGCACAUGGAGAAUCCUCUAAUGCAAUUACUGAAGAGGAUGUUGAAUCUUUAUCAAUCCUGAUUAAGGAAAUUUUAGACUUUGAUCAGUCCCAAAAAGAGAAGGAAUUCAACUGUAAAAUGUUCACGUGCAAUAUCUGUUUUUCGGUAAAACAGGGAAGUGAAUGUAUGGACUUUAAAGACUGCAGGCAUGUGUACUGCAAGAUUUGCGUAAAGAACUAUUUUGAAAUUCAAAUCAAAGAUGGACAGGUCCAUUGCCUGAAUUGUCCAGAACCUCAAUGUUCAUCUGUUGCCACUCCUGGGCAGGUGAAAGAGCUGGUGGAAGAGAAGCUGUUUGCACUUUAUGACCGCCUGCUGCUUCAGUCAAGUUUGGAUUUGAUGGCAGAUGUAGUCUAUUGCCCACGUCCAAGCUGCCAAACCCCAGUGAUGCAGGAUCCUUCUUGCACAAUGGGCAUCUGUUCACGAUGUAACUACGCAUUCUGCACUUUGUGUAAAAUGACCUAUCAUGGAGUUUCCCCAUGUAAAGUUACUGCAGAGAAGCUAGCAGAUUUACGCAAUGAAUAUCUUGAAGCAGAUCAAACUACAAAACAAUUUUGGGAGAAACGCUAUGGCAAAAGAGUUAUUCAAAAGGCCUUAGAGGAGAUGGAAAGUAAAAAAUGGCUAGAAUGUAAUUCCAAAUCGUGUCCCUGCUGUGGAACUCCUAUUGAGAAGUUAAAUGGCUGUAACAGGAUGAGGUGUACUGCUUGCAUGCAAUAUUUCUGUUGGCUUUGUAUGCGUGCUUUAUCAAGGAUAAAUCCAUACAAGCACUUUAGUGAUCCAGGCUCACCAUGCUUUAAUCUGCUAUUUCAAAUGAUGGAAAUUGAUGAAUAAUUUUGGAAUGAAGAGGAUGAUUAUUUUUAGCCAGAAUCAAAAGAUAAAGAAAUGAAGAUGUGCCAUGCAUGUUCGAGUUACUUUGAUUGUUGACAAAUGAGACACCAGAAAUCAGCUCAAAUUAGCUGAAAAACUGCUUUUGUUCGCUAACACUAUUUUCAUGGAUGUUAUCUUUUAAUUUUCAAAAGCACUGAACAUUUAAAGAAGGACAUUAAAAUUUCACAGUGUGUUUUUUUUUUAGUUAGCACCUUUAUCACUAAAACUGUUCCAAGUGGAAAGCAGUGGAAUGUAAGCAAUUGUUUGCUGUCCUUGUCCAAGGAGCAAAGUGUAUAGUAGAAACAUGUGAUUUCUCCAGGCCCUGAAAUUCUUCGAUAAUUCACUUUAUCAUGUUAGCAUGGAUAAGAUGGUGCCUGAGAGUCUCUUGGGUACUGAUUAUCGUGACAUGGAUGGAAAAUGGAGUUUAAAAGGCAAGGUUCAAUGAAAAAGAAGAUACUAGGUGCAAAUAACGCGUCUGUACUUUGAGGCAUCUACAGUACCCUAUCACAUUUGUGGACAAAUUACUGGUCUUCUGGCCUUAUUAGUUUGUCUGAGAAACAGGUAUUUGCAAAUGGCUGCCUUUAGCUGUAACAGACAUUUUGUAUCUAUCCUUCAGUUUCCACAAAAAUACAGUACUGUUGGAGGUCAGUGGGCAAGUCAGUUCUUGGAAAGAUCCAUUGUUUGAUCAUCUCCCUUGUUUGCGACAUUCAAAUUUGCAAAAAAAAAAAUGUGCUUGCCCAGAGGAAAUCGGGAAGAAAUAAUUUUAGGCCAGGGUGACAUGAGAUUGUCUGCUCUUCCUAUCUGCAGUGUGUUAAGCAUGAACUCUAUGGUUUUAUAUAUAUAUAUAUAGAAGUUGGAAAUACAAUAUUCCUACCAACUUUGGGGUUUUUAUAGAUAAAAGUUAGUAUUUCAACUUCCAUUACAAACUGGAAGCCAAUGAAUUUUUUUUUAAUGCAGGCCCAAAUGCCAAGAACCCUUCUACUGGCCACUUAGAGUACAGAGAAGGAAGAGAACAGUAUGUCUUUCUGCACUCUUAGAAGCUUCCCACUGUAUUACCUUCCAGACUGAAUUAUAAUUCACAGAAUUUCUAGCAAAAGUCCGUCAGAUUGGGAAAAGGUGACUUGGAUAAUAAUGGAGAACAAGAACAAAGAGGGGAUGGUUUCCCCACAAUACAUAAUUUACCACCUUAGAGAAGUCUGAUAUUUCCACAUUAAGAGUUGAGGUGAAAGAGUGCUUUUCAUUUGUUUGUUUUUUUCAGUUCCUGAAAAGGCUACAUUUUCAUGAAAUCCAAUUCUUACAAAAUAAAUAUACCCCAAAUUGUUUAUAA